AGUCCUUGGUUCAGUCAUUGUUCAUGCACUAGCCACUAGGCUAGUUCACAAAAAAUACAUUUAACUUAUUGUACCUCUAUCAAGACCCACCGGAAUAUCAACUGACCUGUUUUAAGGAUUUGACGACUCAACCAUGAGCAAGAGAAAAGCCCCACAAGAAUCUCUAAACGAAGGAAUAACAGACUUCCUUGUGGAGCUGGCCAACUACGAGAAGAACGUCAACAGGGCAAUUCACAAAUACAAUGCUUACAGGAAAGCAGCCUCUACAAUUGCCAAGUAUCCCAACAAGAUCAAAAGUGGUGAAGAAGCCAAGAAACUGGAUGGAGUGGGUGCUAAAAUAGCUGAAAAGAUUGACGAAUUCCUACAGACUGGAACACUGCGGAAAUUGGAAAAAAUUCGAAAUGAUGACACCAGCUCUUCGAUCAAUUUUCUCACAAGAGUAACUGGAAUUGGCCCAGCAGCUGCCAGGAAGUUUUUUGACGAAGGCGUUAAGAGUCUUGAAGAUUUGAAGAAGAUCGAACACAAGCUUAACCACCAUCAACAGAUUGGACUCAAGUAUUUUGAGGAGUUCGAGAAAAGGAUUCCACGAGCUGAGAUGGAAAAGAUGGAGACACUUAUUCUUGGAGAGUUGGAGAAGAUUAAUACGGAAUACAUAGGAACAAUCUGUGGAAGUUACAGGAGAGGCGCUACCUCCAGUGGUGAUAUUGAUAUCUUGCUGACCCACCCGGACUUCACCUCUCAGACAGAGAAGCAGCCUAAGCUUCUUCAUGCUGUGGUGGAACAUUUGGAGUCCAUGGGUUUUGUGACAGACACUCUGUCCAAAGGGGACACCAAAUUCAUGGGUGUCUGCCAGCUGCAGCAAGGAGAUGAAGACGAGGAAGAAUACCUUCACAGGCGCAUUGAUAUCAGGUUAAUCCCCAAGGACCAGUACUACUGUGGUGUUUUGUAUUUCACUGGGAGUGAUAUCUUCAAUAAAAAUAUGAGAACCCAUGCUCUGGAGAAAGGCUUCACUCUCAACGAGUACACCAUAAGACCACUAGGGGUCACCGGUGUGGCAGGAGAGCCUCUGUUGGUGGAUAGCGAAAAAGACAUCUUUGAUUACAUCCAGUACAAAUACAAGGAGCCCAAGGACCGGAGUGAAUGAAGACAAUGAACACUUUUAGGCCUUGAAGCACAUUUACAACUGUGUGACUGUGUGUAACAGCCUACAUAGGUGAAGAGUACUUCAGGGCAUUUUUGUUCAUAUGUAAUGUACAGUGUUUUUGUAAUCAUGUGUUUCUAUCAUCAAAGUUUUGUCAAGUCUGGGUGUGUGCGCUUUCAAAGUUGUUUUUAAAUCAUAUUUAACAGGCUUGCAAAGCCACUACUACAACUUGUGACUCACCAGUCUUAAUGGAGGCUGGCAUUAUCUGGCUGCAUAGUAGUGAAUAGUUCUUAUGUACUUUUUAAACAGGAAAUUAUUGAGAGUACUGCAUCCCUUUGGGAUCACUUAAAUGGCAUGUAUCCAAGUCAUUGUGUGAGUGUGUGGGCUUUUUGGGUUUUUUUGUAUAAUGGACGAUUGAGGGGGGGGGCAUUCUUAUGGGGAAUAAGUUAAUUGUUUCACACAGAUUUGUGAGAAUAAUAUAGUUUGUUUUGUUGGUAGUUUUGUAGUUUAUUUUGGGGCAUUUGUAGAUAACUGUUGGGUAGUUGACUUAAUGAAAUGCAGCAGUUUAAAGCGAUGCUGAAGGACAUAAUUGUGAGAAAAAAAAUUGAAAAUAUUUGAAUUCAGAAAUUUCUGAAUGCAAAUAAAACUCUGAAAUAAAUUACCUUGCCUCAGUUGAUUGUACACAGGGCAUGUAAGUAUAGAGAUAGAAAGAAACUGCCUUUUACAUAUCUAAUUCUCUAGAAAACCUGUUUUAUUUCGGGGUCAAAAAUGUAAGAGAUCAAAGACAAUGUACAGUAUAUUCGCGCCAUCAAAAACACAAAUGACGGGAGAGAUAAAUUUGUAUUACCGAUACAUGUAAAAGAAUUACAAGUUUUUUGUCAAC